AUGGCCACCGCCGACGCCGCGCGUCCUGCCGCCCCGGCCGGUUCCGGCCGCGACCACGUCGUGGUGUUCCCGUUCAUGGCCAAGGGCCACACGCUCCCGCUCCUCCACUUCGCCUCGGCGCUCGCCGCGCACCAGGGCGGCCUCCGCGUCACGGUGGUCACCACCCCGGGCAACCUCGCCUUCGCGCGGCGCCGCCUCCCGGCGCGCGUCGGCCUCGUGACGCUCCCGUUCCCCAGCCACCCGGAGCUGCCCGCGGGCGUGGAGUCCACGGACGCGCUCCCCUCGCACUCGCUCUUCCCGGCGUUCCUGCGCGCCACGGCGCUGCUCCGGGAGCCCUUCGCGGGGUACCUGGCCUCGCUCCCCGCGCCGCCGCUCGCGCUCGUCUCCGACUUCUUCCUCGGGUUCACGCAGCGCGUCGCCGGCGACGCCGGCGUCCCCCGCGUGACGUUCCAUGGCAUGUCCGCCUUCUCCCUGGCGCUCUGCUUCUCCCUCGCGACCAGGCCGCCCCCGCCCGAGAGCAUCCAGGACGGCGCCCCCUUCCGCGUCCCGGGGUUCCCGGAGAGCGUCACAAUCACCGCGGACGAGGUCCCGCACGCCGUGGCGCAGGCCGCCGACCUCGACGACCCGGUGACACGGUUCUUGUUCGACGAGGUCCGCGACUGGGACUACAAGAGCUGGGGCGUCCUGGUGAACAGCUUCGACGCGCUGGACGGGGACUACGCCGCGAUCCUCGAGUCAUUCUACCUCCCGGGCGCGCGCGCCUGGCUAGUUGGCCCGCUGUUCCUCGCCGCCGGCGAGUCACCGGAGGGCGACGAUGACGACGACGAGGACCCCGAAGGGUGCCUCGCGUGGCUCGACGAGCGGCGGCCCGGGUCGGUGGUCUACGUGUCGUUCGGCACGCAGGUCCACGUCACCGUGGCGCAGCUCGAGGAGCUCGCGCACGGGUUGGUGGACUCCGGCCACGCCUUCCUCUGGGCCGUGCGGUCCUCCGACGACGCGUGGUCGCCGCCGGUGGACGCGGGGCCCGAGGGAAAGGUCGUCAGGGGGUGGGUGCCGCAGCGGCGCGUGCUGGCGCACCCGGCGGUGGGAGGGUUCGUGAGCCACUGCGGUUGGAACUCGGUGCUGGAGAGCCUCGCCGCCGGGCGGCCGUUGCUGGCGUGGCCCGUGAUGGCCGAGCAGGCCGCGAACGCGAAGCACGUCGCGGACAUCCUCGGCGCCGGUGUCCGCGCGGGUGUGAGGGCCGGCGCGAACGUGGCGCCCGAGCUGGUCGGCAGGGCGCAGGUGGCGCAGAAGGUCCGGGAGCUGAUGGACGGCGGCGAGGCCGGGCGGAGGAUGCGCGCCAGGGCCGAGCAGGUCCGGCAGGCGGCGCGGGCGGCCGUGGGCGAAGGCGGCACCUCGCGGCUGGCGCUCCGGCGGUUGGUGGACGAGCUGCAGCGAACCUACGACGGCCGGCGCAGCGAUGAACGGUGCAACUGA